AUGCCUCGUUCAGUGCAUUCCCCAUUACUCUUCGAGUGUGCUUGGGAAGUUGCCAACAAAGUCGGUGGUAUUUACACUGUCAUUAAAACCAAAGUCCCCGUGACUGUAAGAGAAUACGGUGAUCGAGCAUGUUUGAUCGGUCCUUUGUCUUAUAAGUCCGCUCCUAUGGAGGUCGAAUCAGAGGAACCUGAACCCGGAUCUGCUUUCGCUCUUACUAUCAAGUCUAUGCAAGAAAGAGGUGUAAAGCUCAUUUAUGGUCGAUGGCUUAUAGAAGGUGCUCCAAGAGUCUUGUUAUUUGACACUGGAUCUUGUUAUGACCGAAUGGACGAAUGGAAGACUGAUCUUUGGAACCUUGCUGGUAUUCCAUCUCCUCCCAAUGAUCACGAAACCAAUGAAACUAUCGUUUUCGGUUAUAUGGUAGCAUGGUUCCUUGGCGAGUUUUCAUCUAGAGAAACCGAUACUGCCAUCAUUGCCCAUUUCCAUGAAUGGCAAGCAGGUUUAGCCAUUCCUCUUUGUAGAAAACGACACAUCGACGUCACUACCAUUUUCACCACUCAUGCUACUUUACUUGGUCGAUACCUUUGUGCUGGAAGUGUAGAUUUCUACAACAACUUGCAAUACUUUGAUGUUGAUCACGAAGCUGGAAAACGAGGAAUUUAUCACAGGUACUGUAUUGAACGAUCAGCUGCACAUUGCGCCGAUGUAUUUACAACUGUAUCGCAUAUUACUGCUUUCGAAAGUGAACAUCUCCUCAAGCGAAAACCAGAUGGCGUAUUGCCCAACGGUCUUAACGUUAUCAAAUUCGCUGCUAUGCACGAAUUCCAGAACUUGCACGUCCAGUCUAAAGAGAAGAUCAACGAUUUCAUCAGAGGUCAUUUCUACGGUCAUUAUGAUUUCGAUCUCGAGAACACUGUUUAUAUGUUCACUGCCGGUCGAUAUGAGUUCAGGAAUAAGGGUGUAGAUAUGUUCAUUGAAUCUCUUUCUCGAUUGAAUCACAGAUUGAAGGAAAUGGGCUCGAAAACUACUGUUGUCGCUUUCAUCAUUAUGCCUGCUGCCACCAACUCUUACACUAUUGAGGCCCUUAAAGGUCAAGCAGUCACACAACAAUUGAAAGAAUGUGUCAACCAAGUUACAGCUAGAAUUGGAAAGAGACUUUUCGAACAUGCCGCCAGAUAUUCUGGUGAGCACGGUACCGAAGUGCCCAACGCAGAAGAUCUCCUUUCAUCAGAAGAUAAGAUCUUGCUCAAGAGACGAGUGUUCGCUCUUAAGCGAAACUCCUUGCCUCCUGUCGUAACUCAUAACAUGGCCGAUGACGCUUCCGACCCCAUCUUGAACCAAAUUCGUCGAGUAUCGUUGUUCAACCAAUCUUCCGAUCGAGUCAAGGUCAUCUUCCAUCCUGAAUUUUUGAACUCCAACAACCCAAUUCUUGGUUUGGACUACGAGGAGUUCGUCAGAGGUUGUCAUUUGGGUGUUUUCCCUUCUUAUUACGAACCUUUCGGUUAUACUCCUGCUGAAUGUACCGUUAUGGGUAUUCCUAACGUUACCACCAAUUUGUCAGGUUUCGGUUGUUUCAUGGAAGAUUUACUUGAAACUCCCGAGGAUUAUGGUUGUUACAUUGUUGACCGACGAGGUCAAGGCGUUGACGAUUCCGUCAAUCAACUUACCAACCAAUUACUUGCAUUCUCCACCAAAUCUCGACGACAAAGAAUUAACCAAAGGAACAGGACUGAAAGACUUUCAGAAUUGUUAGAUUGGAAAUCGCUCGGAUUGGAAUACGUCAAAGCUAGACAACUGGCUUUGAGAAGAGCAUACCCUGAUUCAUUUGAUGAUGACGAACCUGAUUUCACCGGAGUUCAGCGUGUCGGUGCACCUUUAUCAGCUCCAGGUUCACCCAAGAUGAGAACUGGUAUGAUGACCCCGGGUGACUUCGCUACUCUGACCGAAGAGAUGGAACAUUUAGGUACUCAAGAUUACAUGGGUGCCAAGAGCUGGAAAGGUAUCAACGAUGCCGAUGACGAUGAGAACCAUUACCCUUUCCCUCUCGUCAUGAAGCCCAGAAACCGAUCCGAUUCACUUGCAUCUGCCAUUUCUGGAACAGCAACUCCAUCAGGAGGAAGGAAGUUGUCAGAAAAGGAUUUGGAAAAAGCAGACGCAGCUUUAAGUAGUAUGGGUCAAAAUGGAUCGUACGGAAAUGGAAAUGGCCAUUAG